AAAAGGUUAAACGACUAUUGUUGAAAAUGAGCAUUAAUAAAGAGAUUAUUGGAUUACUAUGUGUAUGCGAAUAUUUAUAUUUCGUCGUUUGUGAUUAUUUGAUCGAUCCUCAUGAGUUAUUAGUGCACCAUAAUCAUGGCAAAAACGACGUGAAUCACUAUUCAAAUGUAUGGUAUUUCCAUUCCACUGAUGAUCUGAAUGAUAUACACGAAACCAUAAUAAAACAGGGAUUUUCGUUUGCACAACCAGUAGAUGGUAUACCAAAUGUUUACAAAGUGAAAAGAGAAGACCAUCCUGAAAUCCAUCACGUGCCAUUCGAUAACACAACUAACAUUUUAAAACAGAAUAAUAUGGUGAAUUGGGCCAAACAGGGAUUUUCGAAAAAGUUGUAUAAAAGAGUGCCGACGGACGUCCGCAGCAGAUAUGAGAGUUAUUUUAACGACGAACUUUGGAAACUGCAGUGGUACGAGCAAGGUUACCGGAAUAAUUAUACCAACGGAAUGCCACUAGAUAUGAACUUAGUACCAGUAUACGAAGAGUUAAAAUGCACAGGUAAAGGUAUUCGGGUAGCGAUAAUCGAUGAUGGAAUAGAAUAUACUCACGAUGAUCUUAAGGAUAAUUAUGAUGAAGAAAUCAGUAUCAAUUUGAACUGGAAUAAAAAGGAUCCUAUGCCUAGGUACGAAGAUCCUACAAAUUCUCAUGGUACUAGAUGUGCUGGAGAAAUUGCAAUGGCUGCAAAUAAUAAAAAGUGUGGUGUAGGCGUUGCUUACAAUGCAAAAGUAGGAGGUUAGUGUUCAGUUAUAAAAUAUUAUUAUUUACUAUAGUAAUAAUUAUUAAAGGUUUAUUAAGUUUAUUUAUACAUUUUUCAAUCUGAAGUUUUUACUCGAUAGACAUACAUUUUCGUUUAAUAAGUAUGCAUUAAAUGUCGUGGCAUUAAUCGAUCAUGUCGCAUUAUCGCAAGUAGGUAUACAAGUAUUAUAAUAUCACAAUAACACACUAUUAUAUCGUUUUAGUGAACAACAUUUCGCAUAAAAUAUAAUAUGCAAAUAAAUAAAACUGUGAUUAAAUAACACACUGAAUCAGUUGGGGUUUAAUAAUAAAGACGAAAGAACAUUAUUUUUAGUGAAAAACCUAAUAUAAGCUAUAACGCUGUUAGAAUAUGUCUUGGUUGAAUACAAUUCGGAACGUUAGAAUAUUAAUCUUGAAGUCAAUUGUGUUCAAAAAAAAAAAAACAAAUGUUUCAGAAAAAUAAUAUAGUUUCAUUCGUAGCGUUCGUUGUGACUUUUUCGAAGUCGAACACAAUGGACUUUGAAUCAAGUUGUGCUUUUAGAUAUUUUAAUACAAAAUCUCAAACUCUGUGGCACAAUCAGCCUCCGACGUACCUAUAUUAUACUAAAAUAUACCACCGGUCAUUAUUGUUAGUUAUAUUUCAAAAGCAUCGAGAAAAUUGUGUACAUAUACCCAUUGUAAUAACCGAACGCCAUUCAACGGUUUAUUUUAAUAUUAUUAUUGAGGGACAUUGUAUAUUAUAACUACAACCGACCACCCACAUUUACAUACAAAUAUAGUUAACGUCAUUGCUAGCCACAGACCUCGCAAGUAAGGUGUGACGGGUCAAAGAAUAUCAUAAAUUUCCACGUUUAAAGCUUAAUAUUCUGUGUGCAAUGUGCGUACGAUCAAUGAGCAUCAGUGCGCAAUCAUUAUAUAUUGUGUCCCGUACCUAUAUCUUAAAAUAAUGAUGCACCAUUAUAAAUUACCAUUAUACAUAUUGUAUAAAAUAUUAUUUUUAAUUAAAUCGUUUUGAAUUUUGAAGGGCAACAAUACAAAGUUGACCAUAUUUCCGGUACAUUAUUAUUUUUUACUAAUGACGUACUGAUGUGGCCAACGUCGAUAAAUUGUCAAAUAUUUUAUACCAAUAUCGUUUUAAAAUUAUUCGAUCCUUGAUUUUUAUUUUUUUAGUAAACAUUUUUAUCUGACUUUGAUUUAGGAACAAAUUAAAUUAGAGUUAUUCGAAAUUAAUCCAGAUUACCCUAAAUAACUAUUAUUAUCAGACAGAAUAUUGUUGCGAAAAAAAAUUGUCCUGUAUUCUUGUCUCCGAGAGUUAAUAAGCCUGGUAUAAUACACAGUAUUAUAUACGUAUAUUAUACAUUUUUGUUAUUCGCGCCACAUAGUUUGCAAGUGCUGUAAUAGUAAUUUAGUCUCUCUACAGAUAUUAUAUUGUCAACAACUGUCUACACAUAAAAUAUACCAAAUAUUUAAUCUGAAAUUCAUAUUAUAGAACUGUAGUUGGACUAUACGGGAAUUGACGUAUAAACACGUGUUGAUCGCGUUAAUACAAUAAUAUUUUUUAAAUAUGUAUUUACUAUUUUUAUCUAUAUCUAUAUGAAAAAAAAACAUUUUUCAACAAAUAUAAUUUGCAACUUUGGCUAAAAAACGAGAAGGCGCUGAGUGAAAUUAUUGUACACGAAUAGCUUGGCAAAAAAAUCACCCAUUGGUGACACUUCAUAUACUUAUACCUUAUACUAUUUAAUUACUAUUAAUUUAUAUUAGUUUGACAAGCGCCCUACAUGAUUUUCGUCUUGGAUGAUUACCAGGAAUUUAAGUCUGAAUAUAAUAUAUAGUAUAUACAUUAUACAUAUAAAAAAACCAAAUUAAACUAAAAUAUUAUCCAUGUUAAUUUAUUUUUGGACUAUGAUUUUGAGACAACAUUGCCGAUUAAUAAUAUACAUUUUUAUUUAUUUAUUGCGCAUAGGUAGUAAAAGUUAAACACGCUUAGGUACUACUUUUUCUUACAUUUAAACGAUAGUUUAACCAUUUAAAUCGUAGAUGACACAAAGAUCCAUUUCGAAAAUUACAUUUAAAAAACGCUGAACAUAAUAGGUAGGUAUAUCGAUAAACGUGUUUGUAAAAUGAAUAAUUUAUCACCACAAAUAUAAACAUAAAAAAAUGGGUAUUGGCGUAAUCAAGAUUUAUUUGUACUAAAACACCAUUGAAAAUACAUUUCCGAGUUAAAAAUCGUAACAUCAGUGUUUUGAAUUGAUGGUUUUUAUUUUUUUUAUGCUUGAAUCAUAUCUUUUCCUU